AUGGGAACUUUCACUGGUCACUUUGUGCCGGGAAUGGCAUUCUCUCUUCUCGGCCUCUGGCAUACCAUCAAAACAAUUGCCUCCAAAAAGUUUGCCGGAAACGCCGGUUUUCAGUCCCGGACAUGGCACCCUCUGGGCGGUCAGCUCUCCGUCCUCAGGCACUUGGAGCUCCUCCUCCUCUUCUGCUUCUCUAUCUUCGCCAUGGCCACCCAGCUGCUCGACCACGGCUUGCUGCACCUUUCCCGCAGGCCUGAUAGCUUCGAGCACGCCACCAUGUUCUUCCACCUCGCCGUCUACGCGUGUGCCGCACUAGCAGCCGAUCGAGCCCGUGAGCAUGCCGAGGCGCUGGGGGGGUUUGUCGGUGUGCUUGCGGCCAACGUCUUCGCUCAGGAGUUCUUCCUGCUGCGCUGCCACUCCACCGACCACGUCGGCGUAGAGGGCCAUUACCACUGGCUGCUUCAGCUCCUUGUGUUCGUCUGCCUCCUCUCCAGCUUGACCGCUGCCCUCUCACCGGGCUGCUUCCCUGCUGCUCUUGUCCGGGCCAUGGCGGUGACGCUCCAAGGCGUGUGGUUCAUCGUCAUGGCGUUCGCUCUGUGGAUGCCCAGGCUUAUUGCCGAAGGUUGCCACCCGACAGACACUGCUGGCGAUGUUGGCACUCACGGAGCAGUCACCUGCGAGACGGCGGAGGCCGACGCGUGGGCCAGGGUGUUGGGUAACUUGCAGUUCAGCUGGGCUAUCGCUGGAGUUUCCAUCCUCACUGCAGUCCUCUGCCUGAGGCACGGCAGGGAUCCAACGGAGUAUCGGCGACUAGUCCCGGGAACUGCGGACGUGCUGCAUCUAAAUCCGGCGAGGGAGGAAGACUCGAAGCAAGUGGGGGUGUAG